GCGAUUAAUAGAUCCCCCCUCCCUCCCCCCCCUCUCCCUCCCCCUCCUCUUGCGCGUUUUUCCCCUAUUGUUUGCAGAUCUUGCAUUUCUACUCGUUCUCUGCCCGUCGCGAUUUCCCCUUUCUCGCUGGUGAUUAGCCUGGUGGGCAACCAAGCCAGGCAAGCUGGAUUCUCCGUCUUCAGUUAUGGAGCCUGUCUUGGACAUGGGUGCUUUUGCGGGGGUUGUUGAUGCCACGUGCGGUGCUCUUCUCCGGGAGUUACAGCACAUCUGGGAUGAACUCGGCGAAUCGGAUGCUGACCGGGAUCGCAUGCUGCUAAAGCUGGAGCAAGAGUGUUUAGACGUGUACAGACGGAAGGUUGAUGAAGCAAAUCGCCAGCGUAUCAGCAUUCAACAGGCAGUUGCUGACGGCGAGGCUGAAGUUAUGGCCAUCUGCGGAGCGCUAGGGGAAAGAUACGAACCGUUGGAGGGACGUGUGGGCAAGGAGCCUCUCAAGCAGCAACUAGCGGCGGUGAAGCCAAGGCUCGAGAAGCUUCGAGCGAAGAGAGAUCUGAGGGUGAGGGAAUUCACGGAGGUUCAAAUUCAUGUUGCGAGGAUUACUGCGGAGUUGUCGGGCGGUAUUCCGCCUGUUGAAAUCGAGCCUAUUGGUCAAGCCGAAUUGGAUCUUACAGCGAACAUGUUGGAAGAAUUACAACAGAAAUUGCAGGACCUGCAGCGUGAGAAGAGUAGCAGGUUGGACAAAGUGUUGGAGCACGUCCAGAUGGUUCAUGACCUUUGUUCCGUACUGGGUCUUGAUUUCACAGACACUGUAAUGAGCAUCCACCCUAGUUUGGACGGGACUUCGACGAACAAGAGCGUUUCCAGCGAGACGCUAGAACUCCUUGCCAAAACUGUUCAGGACCUCAAGGAAGAGAAGACGAGACGUAUGCAGAAGCUAUCUGAACUCGGCGCUACAAUGGUCGAGCUAUGGAGUCUGUUGGAUAUCCCUGAAUGUGAGCAACAACCUUUUAUGAGCAUAGCUAUGAACAUUGCGAUGAACGAGACGGAGAUGGUUCACCCUGGUGCUGUCAGCGUCGACGUGCUCAAAGCGGCGGAGCUGGAGGUCCAAAGAUUGGAAGCUGUGAAGCAAGGGAAGAUGAAAGAGCUUGUCUCGAAAAAGCGAAGAGAGCUUGAUGAGAUCUGUGCGAAAUCGCAUAUCAUUCCUCCGGAGAACACGUGUGAAGAGCGCACGUCAGCCAUUAUCCAAGCAGGUGUUGUGGAUCCCUCGGAGUUGCUGAGCACCAUCGAAGAGCAGAUUUUCCAUGCGAAGGAAGAGGUGGCAAGUCGAGCUGCAGUUCUCAGCUUGAUGGAGAAGUGGAAAAAUGCCUGCGAGGAGGAAAAGUGGCUCGAGGAGUAUAACAAGGACGAGAAUCGCUACACGGCGAGCCGGGGAUCACAUCUUCAGCUAAAGCGUGCUGAGAGAGCCAGGGCUAUGGUUGGGAAGAUCCCACAAUGGGUUGAGAAUUUGACGAAGGCCGUAAAGCAAUGGGAAGAGGAUCAUAGCCGAGUCUUCCUUUACGAUGGUGAGAGAGUUCUCAAUAUGAUGGAAGACUAUCGUAACAAAGUCCGCACCUUAGAGGCAGAGAAAAGGCGGCUUCGGGAUCAGAAGAAGCUUCAAGAGGCGCAGGCAACAGAACAGGAGAUGCUCUUCGGAACUUCAAGUCCGAACCGCUCAUUGCAAAAGCAAAAGAGAAUUCAACGUGCAGGCUCAGUAGGGAGCCAAGCAGGUCGAAGGCUCUCCAUGGGAGGGGCAAUGCUUCUAACAUCCCCACACUCCCUCGACGCCGGCAACUCGAUUAGGAACCUGGGGAUUGGGGUGUGUGGAGGGGGCAGUGCAGUGUUAGGUGCCCAGACCCCAGCUCGGCCAGGGACAGCUGGUAGGGAGGGGAGGAGUACUACACCAGCAUCGCGAGCGAGACCAGUUGCCCCCGUCAAUUAUGUUGCGCUGGCUAAUAAUCCGCCGCCGGCUACUUUUGUGCAGUCCGCGGCCGCUGAUUCAAUUGCAUCCGGAAAUGGUGUAGCGGGGAAGAAAAUCGGUGGUCGAGGCGAGCGUGGAAUGUCCAUGACUCCGGUUGCAUUGAAUCGGCUUUUUUCUGAGGAUGGGGAGGUGCCAUCUCCGCGACGGCUGCCUCUCACCUCUUACAACAUUCAUGUGGAUGAAAACGGGGUGACUGCAGGGGGGUUGCUAAUCAACGGUGGAGGUUCCUUGCUAGGUAACAGCCCGAGCAAGGGCUCAUCUUUGAAGAUAGACGGUUCCAACGUUAUUUCUGUCUCACCAAGUUCGGCUUUGGCAGGGGAGAACAACCCAUCAGCAAUCUCAUCACGGCUUGUGGAAGAUCGGAAGACCACGUUGGCAGCUCAUGCCGAUAGCAGGCAUCAUAGUGUAAACUGGUAUGGGGGAGUCAAUUAGGUUUAUCUUGUGCCCUCCCUGUACCUACUCGAUGGGCAUGAAGCUCGCGGAGGAGAGGAUGGCCUGCGUAUUGUGCUGCUGAGCGCGUGCUGCGAUCAGGAUAGAAUAGAUGGUUUGCGACUGAGGCGAGGACCCUUCGGCGAUCAGUUUACCUGGGUGUACAUCUCUAAUUGUCUAAGCGAUCACUCCGUAAAUCGUUUCUGCAUAGGAGGAACAAGGAGACUACCCCGGUUUUGCCCGUCGCUUUAUUGCCCAGUCACACGACGUUAAUCUCCUCAGGUAUAGUCAACAUGACAUGCAGUGGUUGCUUGAGGAGCUACGCAGGGCGCCUUUCUGACUGGUUGUGAAGGCGGAGCUGCUAAUACAGUGGCACUCGCACUACUCCCUGCUUGAAGUAAUCUCUCUCUCUCUCUCUCUCUCUCUCUCUCUCUCUCUCUCUCUCUCUCUCUCUCUCUCUCUCUCUCUCUCUCUCUCUCUCUCUUACACGAGAGCAAAUGUGGGAGGAUUCUCGCAGGUGCAGCACACUGUGUGGAGGAUGAUAAGCAUGAUACCCUUACUGAAUGACUCAGCUUGGUUCGCUCUAGAAUUGUGGGGGCAUAUCUGCUGAUUGUCAUCAUGCUCGACCGAUGAAGACAGGGGACAGUGGCAAUUGAUGGUGGUCAGCCGUUGUUUUUUUCUUCAUUUGGCCGGAUUGACCAUUUUCAUGUUGUCCAUGGCAUCCGACAGGAUAUAUCCAUAGCAGACUGUAUCGAUGGAUUGGUGGCACACCAUUGCGUGGAGUCGAGUAACAAGCAGUGUGCUUGCGGACCAAGUGCUAAAGUGUACAAGGCGUCUUUUCUGAUGAUGGUGGGAAGCCUUAUGCCUCUUCUUGAUUUCGAAAUUAAAAUCGGUCAGGAGCUGGCGUAUAGAGAUAUGCUUGCGAAUGUUGGUUAUCAUGUGCUCUUUUGCUCUCAUCGUUUAGCUCAUCUUCAGAAUGUGGAUCUGUAACGAGGACUAGAGAGGGGAGUCUUCCUCUUGUCUAAGGUGAAACCGGACAUUUUCUGGCAGAUUGUGCAUGGCGGUCUUUUGUCUAGCCAAGCAAACUGCGAAUACAAGACCUUGUAGUGUCUAGCAGCAUAGUAUCCUCUUCAGGCUUCUGGAUCCAGGAAUGGACCAUUGUCAUCCGGCUGUUUUCUUCCGAGCUGGAGCUACGGCUGCCUUCGAGUGAGUAGAGACGAGCACAGCAGAUCUCCGGGCCUCUCCCCCCGUCGUGAACCACCUGCUUCUUCUACUGUACUAUGUAGUAUGCGUAUGUCAGUGCUGGCCUUUAACGGCCCUUUUGUACAUAACCUUGUUGGACGAUGCCGUUCGGGAGAGGGAAGAUGUGUUCAGUGGCCGGCCUUGGAAGCGUGCCUUCGUCUAGAGAGGUCAUGGGCAUGGCAUGUCUCGUGUUGACAGCCGUGGAGGGAUGGCCGCAUUACAGACGCUUGCAGUGUAUUCCCUCCUCGAGGGUGGUUACGGUAUUUUGAAUCAGCGCUCGUGGCAGCCCUAAUUGAAUCACCCUAGGGAAUGAUAGUCAACUUGUCAAGUGAUUUGCUCAGGACAAGUCCUGCCAGGAGAGUCACUUGAUGUAGUGUUUGCCUAUAUGACAGGCGUGUAUCGAUCGUUGAUUAGUACUAACCCUAGUAGCAGAGAUGUAGGUCGAUUAUUUGGGAUCUGAGAUUCAAUCAGGGACGGAUGACUUGGCAUCAGACGGUGGGAGAAUAAGGGAAGCCCUCCCAUCUGCACACACGUCAUCUCCAUUUUUUUCGAGUGUUGUAAUGGUGCACCGAUGUGCAUGUUCUUCUCGAGUAAAACUAAGAUUCAAUA